AUGCCGCAGGAAAGAAACAAGAGAGAUCACAAGGGCAUCGUGGAGGCCUUAAGGCCCAGUGCUGGCAGGGUACUUUUUAGGUCAGCCUGGAGAUGUGGUCGGGAGGUGAAAGCCACCGGACCACAACACAAGCAGAACGAACAGCUGGCCCCACGCCAGGAAGCGACUGCUGCCGCGGGCAGCAUCACUCGCCCCGCCCCGGCCCCCGCUGCGCUCCCCCGCGGGGCGGACCCGCCGGCCGCCUGCACCACGCGGCCAGCACCGGCCGUGGCGAGGCGCGCAGCGAAGCGGAGGCAGCCGUGGAGGAUGAUGGCGCCGCCGCCCCCCGCCGCGGGGCCGGGUCCGCUGGCCGCGCUGGACCCCACAGCUGAUGAACGAACACGAGAUUUUGCUGAGUCCAGCAGAACUUGGUCUUCAGCAGUGCUCUCUUUUUUGUUCCCCACCCCCAACCCCUCCCCACUUCCUACAGGACAAUUUGCAAAAAGGAAGAAGACUUCGCUUUGGUUCACAGUCUCUCUGCUGGUAGUGUCUGUUUUCAUACUGACCAUAGGUCUGGCAGCUACCACAAGAACAGAAAAUGUUACCGUGGGAGGCUACUACCCAGGCAUUGUUCUUGGCUUCGGAUCUUUCCUGGGGAUUGUUGGCAUCUACCUGGUAGAGAACAGGCGACAAAUAUUAGUAGCCUCCAUCGUGUUUAUCAGCUUUGGUGUGGUAGCGGCAUUCUGUUGUGCAAUAGUUGAUGGAGUAUUUGCAGCACGACACAUAGAACCCAGACCUUUGUAUAACAAAAGGUGCCAGUUUUAUUCAAGUGGAAUAGGAUUCCUAUAUGAUGCCUACCAGACAGAGGUGACAUGUUAUACCUUAAACAGCAGGUGCCAGCUGAAAGUAAAGAGUAACACAUGCUACUGCUGUGACCUGUACAACUGUGAGAAUUCAGAGCAGUCCUCCAGCUACUAUGAAUUUCUCGGCGUGAGCAGCUGCCAGGACGUGGUUCACCUGUACAGGCUGCUGUGGUCCUCCACAGUCCUCAACAUCAUUGGCUUGUUCCUGGGAAUUAUUACAGCAGCCAUUCUUGGGGCAUUUAAAGACAUGGUACCUCUGUCCCAAAUUGCUUUCAGUGCUGCUGCACCUCCGCCUCAGAUCCUGUACAAUCCUGCCCAGCAGAUCCUGACAUACGCUGGAUUCUGUCCUUCUGCAGCAACUAUAUCUACAUAUCCAUCCUACCCACUACCUCUUCAGCCUGCCGGCAAUUUUCCAGGAACGUCAUCUACCGACAUUUCUUUAUCAGAAGAAACUCAGCCUCCAUCUCAGUCCAGCUCCAGCUAUGGUCUUCCCCCCAAUGCUCCAGCCCUCUAUACACCGACUUACUUGUUGCCUGGAGAAAAGCCUCCACCAUAUGCACCAUAGAAUAAAGAAUUUAUUUUAGGUAGCUGGUAGGGUUUUAUUUGAUUUUUAAGAAACUUCUGGAAACUGUGCUGUAGAGGCACUUGACCUUCCAAGAAACCCACCACAGAGCAUGUUAUGGCCACUUUGCUUUUACCCACAUCUCACUGUGAACAGAGCAGAAACCUGGAAACCUAAGGGCAGGCACAUCACCAGCGGGGUGACCAGUCACCAUCCAGUUUGCCUGCAGUCAAAUGCACCGUUUCUUCCUGGCAUGAAAUGUUUCCUUCUCGCUACACUGCAGGAUAAAUUUUCUUCAAGAGGAGAAAUGAAGAAAACUCUCUGGAUAUGUGUUCUGCUUUCAUAAACCAAUACAGAGGGGUUUUAGCCUGUGUUGUCUGAGUGGGUAGUUGGGAGCUCUCUGAGGCAAUCAUUUUGAGUAGGAAGAGACUAGUUUUUUGUUUGCUUGUAGUAUUUAUUUAAUAACCCUUUUUGGUGAAAGUGUUGUGCUAAUAAAAAAGUAUGGCAAUUAUUUUACAAUAAAA